UAUUUUGGUGCAGACAUACCACGAGCUGCCAAACACUUCAAAGAUAUUUUGUAUAAAAACAAGUUCAAAUUAAAACAGGAAUAAAUACAAAGUCAUGGGAGUAUUAGCGCCAACUGAUACAUCUGACCAUAAUAUGGAAAGACCUAAUAUAUUUGGAAUUCGACAUGUCCAGAGCAUACUACUCUUCUUUGGAAUGUGCUUUGGGUACUUUCUACGUGUGAAUAUAUCAGCGGCUAUUGUUCCUAUGACACAACCUACAGCUGGCCAACCCUUUUACGAUUGGGAUCCCUCCAAGAAAAGUCUUAUUUUAUCCAGUUUCUUUUGGGGCUAUGUGGCAUGUCAAAUGCCAGCUAGUUUGAUGGCCAAACGGUUUGGCGGAAAAUUGGUUCUUGGCGUAUCGACGUGCGUCGGUUCAAUAUUAACCAUAUUAAAUCCUUUAGUUGCGGACAAGGGAGACUGGCAGUAUGUUUGUGCAUUAAGAGUUUUAAUUGGCUUUACGCAGGGCACCGUCUACCCAUGCAUGCACACGCUCUUGGCAAAGUGGGUUCCACAUCAAGAAAGAGGCUUCUUAUCCUGUCUUGUUUACUCUGGCGCACAAUUUGGAACAGCAUUCCUAUUGGCAAUUAGCGGUAACAUAUUUGACUCAGAGAUGGGUUGGCCAGGCAUAUUUUACGUCACCGGAGGUAUUGGAAUUGUUUGGUCUUUGGUAUUUUUAAUUUUUGGCGCCGACACGCCUCGUGAUACCAAGUUUAUAUCUGAAGCUGAAAGGAAGUAUGUCGAAUGCUCAACAGGAAGUGAUAACCAGCCGAUAAACGCAGCUGUGCCUUGGAAAGCAAUGUUCACAUCUGCAUGCUUUUAUGGGCUGAUAGCAGCUCAUUGUGGAUUUACUUGGGGCUUUUACACUCUCUUGACUGAAAUACCUACAUACAUGGCUAAUGUCCUGCAUUUUAAUGUUAAAACAAACGCUUUGCUCUCCGCACUUCCCUAUUUUGUAAUGUGGAUGCUGUGCCUGGUUGUAAGUCCAAUAGCUGAUACACUGAUCAAUCGCAAUAUAACAAGCAUCACUGCAUCACGAAAAAUAUUUAAUACUAUUGGUCAAUGGGUGCCUAUGGUAUGUCUCAUUGCUCUGGGCUACAUGACGGAAGACCAAAAAACCACAGCCACCGCUUUAUUGACCAUAGCUGUGGGAUUUAAUGCAGCUUCCUUCUGUGGAUACUUGGUGAAUCAUAUGGAUCUUUCGCCCAACUUUGCUGGUUUAAUGAUGGGCGUAACCAACAUGGUGUCCAACCUUUUAUCCAUUUGCACCCCUCUGGUUGUAGGAGCAAUUGUCGUAGAUGAAGAAAGUCCUGACGAAUGGCGUAUAGUAUUCUUUAUAACAGCCGGAGUGUAUUUGCUUUGCAACGGUCUGUUUUUGGUAUUUGGUAAAGCUACAGUACAACCAUGGAAUAAUGUGAAUACUUCGGCUAGUACCACCACAUUACCGAACAACACCGAUAGUUUAUCAGUAACAGACUUUCAUUCAUAAGACAAGCGUAGACAAGGAACUUGUACGAAAAGUGGUACCUGUGUUAUACACUCUAGGAAACAUUGACUGAUAUAGAUAGCAAGGUUUUAAGGGAUCGUGAAGUGAAAAAAUAAAUAUUGUAUAAUAUUUAAAUAGAUGAUAAGGUUAACUUUUGAUACCUAAAUAAAUAAGCAACUAUAUUUAACGUACUCAGCGAUCAAUGUUUUUUUUUCUUGUUGAGAACACUUCAGAUUUUACUUUACCCCUAUCGUUGCUCUUGUUAACAAGACGUUUAAUGCUUCUGCUCUUAUCUUUGUUUCAUUGAGCCGCACAAUGGAAAGCUCUGCAAUAUAAAAUAAAAAAAAUAAAUAGUAUUGUUUUUUUGAUACAGAUUUUUGUUAUGUGACCAUCGAUUGUUAUAUAUAUGUAUUUUCAUGCUGAGUGUGAAAAAUAUAUACGAACUCUUAUGUCAAAUGUAAAUCGGUAUUUAAUAAUACUUUAAAUAGGUACAUGUGGCACAUAUUUUUAAUUAUACUUGAAUCCAAUCAUAUAAUUGUUGUUUUUCGCAGAUUUUCCCUUGCUUCUGGUAACUUUCUUCUAAUGAAA